ACGCCCUGUUUUUUUAACCAAUGGCUGUGUGAGCCAUGAGCGGCCCGGAGCUCCAGCAAAAGCUUUAUUAUCCGCCACCCCUGAUUCCUCUCCCCACUACACGACACGCUGCGACCGUGGCUGGCUACGCCAUGGAGGAGCGCGUCGGAUACAUCACCCGCGUCCAGAGCUUCAGCGCCUGUCACCGUCUUCAUAGCAUUCACCUUAGCGAUGAAGAAAAUAAAAAAGUCUAUGGGAAAUGCAACAAUCCAAACGGCCAUGGACACAACUACAAAGUUGAGAUAACCGUGCGUGGGAAGAUUGAUAAUGUCACCGGUAUGGUAAUUAACCUGACAGACUUGAAGAGGUCGAUAGAGGAAGUCAUCAUGAAUUCACUUGAUCAUAAGAACCUAGAUAAGGACGUCCCAUACUUUGCCAAUAUUGUCAGCACAACUGAAAACCUGGCUGUUUACAUAUGGGACAGCAUGGCCGAAGCCCUCGCACCGAACAAUCUCUAUGAAAUAAAAAUUCAUGAGACAGAUAAGAACAUUGUUACAUACAGAGGUGAAUAAUAAACAUACAAAAGUGAUGUUUAUAACCUACAAAAAUGGAAUGGCUGUGUACUAUACAUUUAAAUUUUUUGCUCGACAGGUAUAUAUGUCUUUAGUCUGGUAAUGUUUGCAAGAUGGUAUAGUUCUAUUGUUACUUUUAUUCCAAAGAUAAUUUAAAGAGAUAAGAUAAUGCUGUAAAAUAAAUUGUUGAUCAGUGAUUUUCAACCUCUUGACUGAAACUGAAAAUAUAUUGUUGUAUUUAAACUG